CCACUGCACGUGUGUGAAACAGGAAGUCCGGAUGGCAGCUGUGGAGAGGAAGGUGCAGGCCUUGAGUGAGGAAGAGGAAAGGAUGAAGGAGAGGAAGACUCUGCAGGAGGAAGAGUCUGAUCUGGCCAAAACCCUCCGGGAGAAAAAGGAGACAGCCUACAGGCUGAGGAAACAGCAGAAGAACACAAAGAUGGAGCUGCGCAGUGGCAGGAGGGCAGUGGAGAAGACUGCAGAUGUGCACAGAGAUCUGAGCUUCCAGGUGGAGGAGAUGCAGCUGGAAACGGAUGCUUCUGUGAGAGAGCUGCAGAGGCAGAGUACAGAGAAGCAGGGCGCCUUGAGGAAGGAGACCGCGCUCAGACGGGACGUGAAGCGUGCGAGCGGCCGCGCCCAGAGUGAGGCUGACCGGCUCGUCGCCGCGGAGACGAGGAGGCUGCAGCUGGAGCUGGCGGUGAAGGAGCUGGAGGUGGAGAACGCCUUCAAAAGAGAGAUGCACCUGGCAAAGAUGGUCAUCUCCCGCCAGGGCCCCAAGAAACUCAGGGCCGAGGUGAAUCAGAAGCUCUGUAGAGCAGAGACACUGAGGAGGAAGUACGAGACCACAGCAGCAUCCAGCCUCCGCUUCCAGGGAGGCGAUAGGACCCCACAACCUCACAUGGGCAGGACCUGUGAGGACGCGGGGCUGCAGGGCAGGCUGGAGCGAUGGACUCGGAGAGUGAGCGGGAAGCAGGAGGAGGUGAAGGUGCUGAAGAGCACCCUGCACGCCCACAGGAGCCGAAACGCAGAGCCCCGCCCAUCGCCCGGGCCCACCCCCACAUCCGGUAAGGAUCCUGGGGAACAGAAGCUUGUGGAGGAGAAGAAGGCCUUAGAGGAAACGUGCAGCGCCAAGAGGAGAAAGAUCCUCGAGCUACAGCACGACAUUAAGGGACAGAAGACUGCCCUGGAUAAGCUGCUGCGGGAGGAAGCGGUCCAGACGCGCUGGGUGGCUGAGGCUGGGCUCUGGGUGCAGUCUCUGACAGAACAGCUGGGAUCCCAGGAGGCAAAGCUGGACCAGGCACAUCAGCAGAGCUCUGAGCUAACCUUGGAGGCCCAGUCAGCCUGGAAGACCCAGGAGAAGACAAAAGAGGACGAGAUGGAGGACAUCAAACUGUGCGAACUCCUGGACUUCAGCAGGGAGGUGGACCUGAUGCUCCUGGCAGUUAUGGACGAGCAGACUGACCUGGGAUCAGUCCUACAGGCACAGUUUCAGCAGCAGUAA